AUGGGCAACAAGCUGUCCUGCAGCUGCGCGCCCCUUAUCAGGCGGGCCUACCGCUACGAGGACUCGCCCUGGCAGCCGGUCAACAGGACCGGCGUCGGCCCCGGAGGAGGCCGCAGGGGGGACACAGGCCACUUGCUCAGGUGCGGAAGCUUAAGAGAGAGGAAGAGAUUAUGGGCCGAGGUCUUUCACGUCAGCUCCAGCGGCACCGGGACCUUUAAGUGGCAGCAGGUGUCCGAGGACCUGGUGCCCGUCAAUAUCACCUGCGUCCAGGACUCCCCAGAGUACGUCUUCCACAUUACGGCUUACAACAGUCAGGUGGAUAAGAUUCUCGACCUGCGGCUCGUCCAACCAGGCACCAGGAUCAGCCAGGCGUCCGAGUGUUUCGUGUAUUGGAAGGAUACGAUGACCAAUGACACCUGGGGGCUGAACUUCACGUCCCCCAUUGACGCCAAACAGUUCCGAGAGUGCUGCUCUCCUUCGUCCAAGUUCUCGAGGAAGGCGUCAUCUUCGUAUUCGUUGAAGCUGGAGCCCCCAAAUAAGCAGAAAAUGAAGACUCGACGAAAGCCCGUCUCGACUCCUGCAUCCCCGAGCAGAUCCAAAGGACCGCAAUGCACCUGCAUGACGGCCGAGCAAUUUGCAAGGCUCAGAAGUCAAGACCCCAGAUACCGAGGUACUCGCUCUAAUUCGACAUGCGCUUCCACCCUGCCAAGAACUAUGGCGAGAUCGACGGAAAUCGAAGUCACACCAGGUCGUGACAAAAUUACUGCAGCCACUUCGAGUGCUUCUCUUUACGACAACGUCAACAACGCCAGUUCAACGCCAGGAAAAGCGGCCCGCAGUGGAGACUCGAUCAAACAAAAGGACAAACAGCAGCAAAACGAAACGUGCCAAACUACACCAAAGACUUUCAACGUUGCCAUCGGAACGGUCACCGUUGGAUCCCAGAUCGAAAGCCCAGAGGACAAGGGGACGACGAUCUCGCCAAAGAAGUCGCAGAAGUCGCAGAACCAAGACACGUCCACUCGAGAAAACGGGACGGAGCGCGAAUCUCUGAAAUCGGAAGGGACUCAAGCAGGAGGAACUCUCCAGGGUAAAUCGAUGCGCAAGGAGCAACUGCAUCACACCAAGUCGGCGGACUAUACGGAGCUCGAGAUGCAAAACGGCAACAUAUUCAACAUCGUGAACAACAAUCACAGUGCCCGGAAGUCGAAGAGCAAGAGCACCGACGACAUGAGAAUAGAGAAUGCGCAGAACGGCGGCAUCAGCUUGGACUCGAACACCUUGAAGAGGAUGUUGAAGCCCAUGACCAGUAUAGACAGUCCGGUUACGUCGCCGGAAAUGACCAGGAAGAGACACGUGCACCACGGUUACCAUUAUCACCCCAGUAACAAUAAUCUGCACAAGUACGUCGGUUCCGAGGCGGAAAACGAAAACUAUGCCAACCCUUAUCGGAGCGUGUACAACAACAAGUUUCAAGGGUCGAGGAUGAUGCACGAAUCGGGCAGACAGUACACCGGUGCGAUUACGGUCAUACUUUAUCAUCUCUCGCGUAAUGCAUUCAUAGGUGACGUGUCCCCUCCGUCGGACAACGUAAUUUUCGACAAUCAGUGCUACGCGACGACACCGAGCUCCUCCAAUGGGAACUCCGACAUGGAGCAACCGAACAUGCACUGCGGAUCUCGUCGCUGCAACGGAGGGCAGAUGUAUCAACCACAAAACAUGCAGUCGGUCUCUACCCCCGGAAGUCCGACCAGCAGGCUUCUCCUGGAGUACGAGAUGCACCUGAGGAACACCCUGGCCAAGGGGAUGGACGCCGAGAGCUACAGUCUGCACACCUUCGAGGCGUUGCUCACCCAGAGCAUGGAGAAUUUAGAGUUCGCCGAGAACCUCCCGCUGAACGUCCAACGCACGCCGCAAGCUUCUCGAAGGCGCUCGAGUUCCAACAACAAGUCAUCGACGAUGCCGCUGUCCUAUCGAUACUGCACCGAGAGGCAAAACAGCAAAGACCGUGACGGCUAUUACAGCGACCGGAACGAAAUCGCGCGAGAAAGACGGGAGCGAGACAUGGAGCGAGAUCGAGGAUACCUCAGUGAUUACAAUUCAAGAUGUGCCAGCUGUAUUGGGGAAUCGGCCCGGGCCCAGUGGUUCCGGCAUUCGGACGGCUGGCAGUCAGGAAGUUCGACUCUCGGUUCCGGAGCCUCCAGCUCCAUGAACCCUGGAUACGCAUCGCACAAAAGGGACUCCCCUUGGGAUUCCCUUCCUUCUCUGAGACACGAAGGAAGCCUCAACGACAGCGGGUACAAGUCGAACCGAACGGAUUCCUUCGAGCAGCGGUAAGAUUCCUGGAUCGAGAAGGAGGAAAAGCGGAAAAUACGUCUGCGAUGUGAACCCUUUGCUAAUCACUGUUCCAGGGGCACAUUCGACAGACAGGACAGCGUCAGGUCGGACUACAUGUCGGACAGAGACGGCAGAUACGGGAUCGUGCAACAGGCGUCUCUCGAGAGCACGGAUUCGAGGCUCUGCUAUCUUACGUCUUCGGAGAUGUCCGACGACGAUCGAAUGUCCCUGACGACUGCCGUAAGCGACGACGACGACGGGGAAAGUGCCAUCAACUCGCCGUACCGCGGAAAACAGCCAGGAACCGCUGCGGCCUCCUUCAAUUGCACCGGUGCAGUGCGCAAAGCAGGAUUCCUCAGCGUAAAGAAAUGGCUGCUGCGCAAGAAGCACCAGAUAGAAUUGGCCAGGAAACGCGGCUGGAAGGGUUACUGGGUCUGUUUGAAAGGAACUACUCUCCUUUUCUAUCCUUGCGACUCCCACGAGAGCAGGGCCGUCGAGACGGCGCCGAAGCAUCUGAUCAUCGUAGACGGCGCCAUUAUGCAGCCGAUCCCCGAGCAUCCUAAAAGGGAUUACAUUUUCUGCUUGAGCACGGCGUUCGGCGAUGCUUACCUCUUCCAGGCUCCGUGUCAAGUGGAACUGGAGAAUUGGGUCAACAGCAUUCACUCGGCGUGCGCGGCGGCGUUUGCCCGCCAUCGAGGGAAGACCGGAACCCUCCACUUGCUGCAAGAAGAGAUCUUCCGGCUGGAGAAGGCCAUAGAGUCGGACCACAAGCUGAAGCACAUGGCGGACCUGCAGCAGUCGGUGGUCUCCGAUGUGGAGACCAAGCAACAGAUCAACAACCAGAUCGUCCAGUGGGAGGAAAACCUGGAGAGGCUGCAUUGCGAGCAGUUCCGGCUAAGAUGCUACAUGGCCAGCUUGCAGAACGGGGAGCUUCCAAAUCCAAAGAGCCUGCUGACGCACGUGUCGCGAGCGACCAAGCAGACCUUAAACAAGCUCGGGGUCUUCACCGUGUCGUCCUUCCAUGCGUUCAUCUGCGCCAGAAGUCCAUCCUUGCUGAACAACCUCCUCGCCGGACGAGGCGCCACCAAGAGACGACCACCCUUGUUGUCCAGGUCGAAUAGCGGGUCCAGCAGGAGGUCCUUGCAGAUAUCCUCAAGGGACGAGGAAAAGUCCGUCAAGGUCUCGGUGCCCGACAACCAGCUCGUCUCGGUGUUCCUGAGGGAUGGCAUGACGGUGGAGGAGUUUCUGGCCAGUGCCUGCAGCAGGAAGGGUCUCAGCCCCAUGGAACACUUCGUCCGGGUGAAGAAGCGUCGCGACAUGGAGGACCACAACUACUUCGUUCCCCACCGAACGGACUCCAUAGAGACCUACCUCCACACCCACGAAGUGGUGGAGGUCUGCGCCAAGAUCCUUUACCAGGUCGAGCUGCAGCGGAACACCCUGGAGCAGAUGUGGGGAUUCUCCGUGGAGGCGGAGCUGAUCGAGAACGCGGACCGUCAGGAUGAGCUCUGUUGCUACGUCAGCAGGGUGGAGGACAAGAGCGUCGCGAUGCAGAACGGGAUUAUCAAGAGCGACGAGAUCAUGGUGAUCAACGGGGCCAUCGUCAGCGACCUGGACAUGAUGUACCUCGAGAGCGUGCUCCAAGAGGAGCUAGCCUUGUGCAUGAUGAUGCGCUCUUCCAGAACCGAGCCCCCGGAUCUCUCCGGCAUCAUGAGGGUCACCGACGAGAUCAUCGAGAGUUUGGUUUGUCCACCACCGCCUUCGGAUCCACCCGUUAUCAGCGAGGAGAUGAUCUCCGGCCUCAUCGUCCCUGCUCCGGGAUGGAGUAAAGGGGGCAUGCUUCAAGAGUGCUCCGCCCUCUCGCAUUUGGACAAUGGGAAGCAAACUUCGAGGACAAAUUCCUUCGAGAUAGAGAACCUGUUGAAAACUGCCGAGCAGGUCACCGGGAUUUGUCGGUCCCCAGGAGAGACCCGGAAGUCCAGCCCGACCGGAAGCGUGGUCAGCUCUCAGUCGCAAACUUUGACCCCGAGUAGGCAGCUGAGCGACGCUGAAAAGCUCAAGAAAGUGAUCCUAGAACUAGUGGAAACUGAGCGAACUUACGUCAAGAAUUUGAAUAACUUGCUGGAGAAUUACCUGGAGCCUCUGAAGCGCGAAACCUUCCUGUCGAAUGCCGAGAUAAACGCGCUCUUUGGGAACAUCCAGGAGAUCGUCACCUUUCAGCGACAGUUUCUGCAAAAUCUGGAUCAUGCCGUCGAGAUGGAAGCGGACUUCAGCAAUUUUGACCAUCCAAGUCAAUUUAAGGGUGUCCUCUUUUCCAUUGGAAGUGCCUUCUUAUACUAUGUAAAUCACUUCAAGCUAUACAGCUCGUUCUGUGCCAGUCACUCGAAGGCUCAGAAAGUUUUACAUCCCAAUGAGGGUAAUCAAGCCUUGCAAGAAUUUUUGUCGGCGAGGAAUCCAAGGCAACAACACUCCUCGACCCUCGAGUCGUAUUUAAUCAAGCCUAUUCAAAGAAUAUUAAAGUAUCCGUUGCUGCUGCAACAGCUGAGAAACCUCACGGAUGAACAAAGCGAAGAACACCAGCACCUGAUCGAGGCCCUUAAGGGAAUGGAAAAAGUAGCCGAGCACAUAAACGAAAUGCAACGAAUCCACGAAGAGUACGGGGCUAUUUUCGACCACUUAUUUAGGCAACACCAAAAGUCCUGCAAACAACCGAUUGAUCUAAGUCCCGGAGACUUGCUGUACUACGGUGGAGUCGAGUGGCUGAACAUUUCCGAUUUUCUUGGGAAAAUCAAAAAGGGACUCGAGCUGCACGCCAUGUGCUUCGUCUUUAAAUCCGCAGUAGUGUUUCUGUGCAAGGAGAGGUUAAGGCAGAAGAAGAAGCUCAUGGGUGUCUCUACGAAAGCAAACUCCAGCGAGGUAGAAAUCAUUCGCUACCAAGUCUUAAUCCCCGUGACAGAAGUCCAAGUCAGGGCGAGCUCUGCUAAGGACAUGGAGUCGCACUUCUUGUGGGAAUUGAUACACUUGAGGAGUCAAUUGCAAAGGCGAUCCGAAAAAGUCUACGUUCUGUCCAACAGCACGACGGAGUUCCGAAACGCCUUCCUGAAGACCAUCCGUCAGAUAAUUCGCGAGUCCGUGAGAAACAUGAGCAUCCCAUCGACGAAACAGAAUCUCAAUCAGCCCCCCAUGUCGAUUUCUCCUCGCCUCUCGAGCGGCCAUGUGGAGAAGUUUGACAAACACGCGGUACAAAGUCAAGUCCAAAACGGAAACGGCACCGGCCCGAGUUCCGGGACCCUCUCGAAAAGGGCGGCCAAGCAACAGCAGCACCAGCACCAGCACCACACGCACAAGAGAAAGUACAGUCAUUCGAAGCAAGAUCGCGACCAGGAUGGCGCGGAGGCGAAGGACGCGGAGGAACCGGCCGUCAUCUGCCAACAAACGGCUUUUCGGUCAAGAAGCAAAACCAUUAGCGACACCUCAGGUGAGGUAAAGAUCGAUGUGGACUCCGGCGCUAAGUCCGAGGGCGAGGAAGACUCGCAGGCUUUUUUAGGUGAGAAAAAAGCCAACUUGGGCCGCACGCCGAAUCACCUGACAUUGAGCACGACCUCGACCAUUUCGGCUGGGAGCACCGGAAGUCAAGCCAGACUGAUCCAAUCCUCGCACCAGCCCGAGAAUUACCAGCCCAUCGUGAUCAAAGACCUCGGUUCGCCCGUCUGGAAGCCGCGGGAGUUGCCAUCGCUGGGAGAGGCGACGACUUUGCCGCGAAAGGGGAAAUCGGCGGGCGAAUUUGCGGAGAUGAGCUCGGCACAUAGCGCCUCGCGGAAAUCUCUCGUAGAAAUCAAUAAUUGUGCUCAACAAUCUAACGUUAAUAAUCACGUUUAAUUCGGCCCCGUUGGGCGAGGUGAAGCCUCGCCCCGGGAAGAUUCUUUCAAACCGCGGAAAGGAUGGACCCGAUGGCCAAACGAUACAUUUUCCUCGGGAUUUCCUACCCGAUGUACGAUGCGUUUCAAAGUUACCUCCUUAUUAUUUGCCAAUGAAUCGACCACUAGAAUGUGGGACGGCAUGAUCACCCUUCGCGGUCGAUUCGAAUUGAAAGAAAUCUCGUACGAUAUCAAGGAGAGCCAUUUGAUCCCAUUGCCUGUAACAACCCCUUCGCGAUCCUCCCUUCUUGCAUACUAAUUGCGAGGGUCCUUACCCUCUUGAAAUUCCAUAAUUCUUCUUUGAAAGGACGAUUAACCAAGCGAUAACGUUAUAGGAUCGAGCCUCCGUAAUCGCUGCAUAUUGCAUUUCCAUAACAUGUGUGUUCGAUCGAGGAGAGGAUUCAUAGGAACGUUAAAUGGCGUCCUUAAGUGUCAUUACCGACCUCGAUUGCCGUUUCCGGGUUAUCGGCACGCUCUGGAAGAGCGAUAACGAGUCCAUUUAAUCUAGCCGAGCGCCGAUCGUAAUCGCGCCCUAUUAAUCGACCUCCCUUAUCGGCAUUACUUAUCCUCGGGAUAAAUGCAUCGCGACAUUCGGUCCCUCCUCUCUGCCGUUCCUAGCAUUAUUAUGAGAUACUAUGUAACACACUUAACGUUAGUACUCUUUGCUGUCCGGGCUGCGUACGAAUCGUGGCAAUAUACCUAUGUCCGUUCUUCGAAUUCAGUCAAGUUGAUUUCCAGUUGUCUUCCACUUAUAUCGAGUGUCACGCCGAGAAGAGCCCAAGAAAGGGGACGAAAACGGGGCAGCGGAUCUUAGCGAGCGCGAAAUUCGAAUUUCGAGGUCUCAGCUUAUCAAUCCGCUAUCUCAUUACCUCUAUACUUUACAAGCGACCGCUCGAGCGCGUUUGCAUCCUCGACAAUUGGUCCCGUUUCGUUGUACUCGAUUUCUUAGCAAGACUCAUGAUUUGCAAUCCGACGCGCUUCGUACUUUACCUCGAGGUGGAUUCGAGUUUUCGUUUGAUUUAUCUGUGAUAUCGGCAAGGUAUUCCGUUAAGUUAGGGGAUAACUUUAAUUCGAGUUAGAAGGGCACGAUGUUAGACUGGGUUCGUUCGACUCGAUGGAAAGGGAUCGGCCGAGAAUACGAAGGAACACAGGGAUUCGGCUCCCGGAGCUCGUCUUGGUCUUCCUCGUGACCUUGAAAUUAGAACUCUUCCUCCGACAGUUCCGGACAGCAUCCGAGAUGGUCGACUCUGUAUAUAAUGUAAUAACGAUAACUAUUAACGGCGCCGAUCUCGAUGGCGAUCCGGAUAGAGUUAUGGGUAUCGCUAUCGAGGCGGCGUUUCCGACCGACUAAGGUCGACUUAAGCUCGUUUACGCGCACGAAUCCGCCGGAAUUUUUUUCACUCUUUUCCCACGCAUCACUUGUCUCGUUGCGUAAGCGUAAACGCUCCUCUGGUCGCGUGCAUCGGUUUAACGAUUUAUCAAAGAGGGAUUUUCCCGACACAGCCUGCCGUUCCGUGUACGGGACUUCAAGUACCCAGAAAUAUUGAGCAACUUCUCGGAAAGUGUAAUAUUAAUUGAACAAUAGGAACGAGUUAUCUAAUGCAGAGAGGUUUACGCUUAACGGCGGAAAGUCCUUCGCAAGGACUUAUCAGCGGUCAUACGGAGAUUAAAGAUUUAACGAGUACGCCUCUCGCGGAGGAGGCUCUUACGUUGGAGGAAAUAUCGGAGAAAGGGUGGAAAAAGGUGAAAAAGAUGGGGCGACCAAUGUGCGAUAACGACGUUAGGCUUAAACGUUAGGUCGGCGAACCGGGCGAGCUUAACGCGACGUCAUACGAGCGCCUGACUUGCGCAGGAAAUAACACUCGAAUUGAUAUAUGAAACUAAGGAUAUCUGGAAACUAUGUAACCUUGUUAAUUGAUAUAUUGCGAUAAGAAGUAACGAUGUCGGAGAUUAUUUCGUGUAAAUUAGAAGGCAGAAAGUAUCGAUAUACCUUAACUAUAGGAGCAUCUCUGCGUAAGAUUAAGAUACACAUAGAUAACACGAUGUUAAUUAGUUUGCAGCACGUGGCAUCCUUCGAGUGACUUAAAGUCGGUACGCUCGUAUUGAACGAUUAAACGACCGAGAGCAGACUCAUCUCGGCGGAAGGGUUGGAAACUUCCCUUAGCGCGUUCGCUUAUUCGCUUCUUUACCUAAGUCCUUCGCUAUCGAUGGCAAUUCUUAACCUGGGUUUAACGAAAUCUCCCUUCUCGACCAAGAGUUAAGUUAAAGUGGGCUCGUGAGUGAUCGGUGAUCGAUCGCGAUGCCAAUAACCACGUCGAUAGUUGAUUCGAUCGUCCUUACAACCCUCGUAUGGGCAACCUUAAAUUCGAUCUUAAUCGUAAGAGAUGUCAGAAUCAAUUUCGACAGAAGUUUCCGACGGAAAGUAUUGUAACAUCUUCCUUUGACAUCGAUACAAUGCCAAUAACCACGUCGAUAGUCCUUACAACCCUCGUAUGAGCAACGUUAAAUUCGAUCUUAACCGUAAGAGAUGUCAGAAUCAUUUUCGACAGAAGUUUCCGGCGGAAAGUAUUGUAACAUCUUCCUUUGACAUCGAUACAAUGGAACUUUUGGUAGAGAUUGCGAACCAUGGGAUGAUUAAAGGCCAAGACUAGGCACGGACAUCCGAGGGAGUUCGAAAAUUCCUUGUCAAAAUCCGCCGAAACGCGUAUUCCCUAAUUUCACGCUGGAAGGAUGUUCAUCCUUGAUGAAUGAUCGACUGGACGUAUUCCCCGGUUUCAUUAGUCUUCCACGAGUAUUGGCAUUUUCGUCGAUUUUGACAAUAUCUUUUUGAACGCGCUUUUUCUCCUCUCGUCGAGUUCUGUCGGGGCACGAGACCGUGCUAGCGUAAACUCUUAAAAUACUCUCCAUAAUUAUGUAUGAAAGUAAUGACCUGCAAGGUGGAAACGCGCAAUGGCUUCGGCUCGAAAGAAAGCUACGAUGCGACCGGUCUCUGCUCAAUAUAUUUAUAAAGUAAUCGUCUAGAAUACUCGUGUAUCUCGGUGGGGAAAUGUUAGAGACAGGGAACGCUACCGAAAGAUUCGAAAUACGUAACAUUGACGCCUUGCCUUUCCAUUCGGCGACAUGGCAAGCCAUUAAAUACAUACACGGAGAGAAGCUAAAUCGCCGCUCGACAGAACUUGCCUCGAGGAACCACAAAGACUCCUUUUAAAUCGCUCUAACAAGGAAGGUAUCCCAGAUCAACCUCUCCGAUUUCAUUUCUUUUACAAUAUGUCAUAGUAGACUAAAAACUAAUCG